CGCACAUGGGGAUUGAAUACGCGAUUCGAUCGUACAACUCCUACAAAUAUGAGCGCAUGAGCACCUGAGCCAGCCUCUGCUUUCCUUUAGUUCACAGCUCCGAUGGCGACCCGAGCUCUCCAGAUGCUGGGGGAGGCCUCUCCGUGGAGCCUAGCAGGCGCGGCGGCGGCCAUGGCGCUGCUGUGGCUGGCCGCCUGGAUUGCGGAGUGGGCAUGGUGGACCCCGCGGCGGCUGCGGCGGGCCCUUCAGGCUCAAGGCCUCAGGGGCACCCAGUACCGCCUAUUCACCGGCGACGUGCCGGAGAACGCCCGGCUCAACAGAGAGGCCCGGUCCAAGCCCCUGCCGCUCGGCUCCCACGACAUCAUCCAGCGCGUGCAGCCCAUGUUCAGCAACGUUAUUAAAGAGAACGGAAAAUUUUCAUUCACUUGGUUUGGCCCAACACCAAGGGUGAUGAUUCCUGACCCGGAGUUAGUGAGAGAAGUUCUGUCCAACAAGUUUGGGCACUAUGGCAAACAAAAGAGCAGCCGUCUUGGGAAGCUGCUUGCCAACGGGCUUGCAAAUCAUCAAGGCGAGAAAUGGGCAAAGCACCGGCGAAUCUUGAAUCCUGCUUUUCACAACGAAAAGAUAAAGAGGAUGCUGCCUGUGUUCGCUACCUGUUGCGAAGAAAUGAUUACUAGAUGGGAUAAUUCAAUGUCCACACAAGGAUCAUCUGAGAUUGACAUCUGGCCCGAGUUCCAGAAUCUUACCGGAGAUGUCAUCUCGAGAACAGCAUUUGGUAGCAAUUAUCAAGAGGGGAUGAAAAUAUUCCAGCUGCAAGGGGAGCUAGCUGAACGCCUAAUAAUGGCUUUUCAGACUAUUUUUAUCCCAGGCUAUUGGUUCCUACCUACAAAAAAUAACAAAAGGAUGAGAGCAAUUGACUGUGAGAUCCGCACAAUUCUGCGAGGGAUUAUUGGAAAAAAAGACAAAGCUAUUAAAAAUGGUGAAGCCAUCAGUGAUGACUUGCUAGGAUUGCUGUUGGAGUCAAAUAUGCGGGAAUCCAAUGGGAAAGCAGAUCUAGGAAUGAGUACUGAAGAAAUAAUCCAGGAAUGCAAGCUAUUUUACUUCGCAGGUAUGGAGACAACAUCAGUCUUGCUCACAUGGACACUAAUUCUGCUCAGCAUGCACCCAGAGUGGCAAGAGAAGGCAAGAGAUGAAGUGUUGUACCAUUUUGGAAGAACCACACCUGAUUUCGAGCACUUGAGUCGCCUAAAGAUUGUAACAAUGAUUCUAUAUGAGGUUCUUAGAUUGUACCCGCCAAUAACCAUUCUAACGAGAAGAACAUACAAAGCAAUGGAGCUCGGUGGUAUCAAAUAUCCAGCAGGCGUGAACCUUAUGUUGCCUAUUCUCUUUAUCCACCAUGAUCCCAAUUUAUGGGGAAAAGACGCGAGCGAAUUCAACCCAGAGAGGUUUGCUGAUGGCAUCUCGAAUGCAGCGAAGCAUCCGGGUUCUUUCUUCCCAUUUGGAGGGGGUCCUCGGAUUUGCAUCGGCCAGAACUUUGCUUUGCUGGAAGCCAAGAUGGCUCUCAGCACCAUCCUGCAGAACUUCUCUCUCGAGCUCUCGCCGUCCUAUACUCACGCACCAUAUACUGUGAUAACCCUCCACCCUCAGCAUGGUGCUCAAAUUAGGAUGAAGAAGAUAUGACCAUGCUUCUAGCCGGGUAGUGAAUUUGCUCAUAUUUUGUGUGUAGUUUAAAGUUGAAGCCUGAGCUGAAUAAACAUAGCUAAAUGUUGUAUUGUUGUGUGUUUUUCAAAGUUAUGAAUAAAUUGAAAUAGUACAUCCAGUUUAA